CCCAAUCUGACAGACAAAUUACAGGAGGAGAGAUCAAAAAGGAGAAUCCUGGAAUGUGAUAUGGUAAUGAUGGCUUCUUCGCUCACCACUCAAAACUUCAUCUGCUCCCAAUUCUCUCUAACCCCUCACACUUCAAACAUCCCCAAAUCUUUCGUACCAUCAUCUCCAUCUAUUCACAAGACACCCCAUGUUUUCAAACUCAACUUUCUGCCAAGAGCUUCCUCUCAAGAGCUCCCGGGUGAGGAUGAGUUAACAGAAGAUUCAAAGUUUGUUCCUUUAAAUGCAGAAGAUCCAAUAUUUGGUCCCCCUGCAUUAUUAUUAUCGGGAUUUAAAAGGGAAGAAUUUGCAAAGGUACAGAUGCUACUGAAAGAGUUGGAAGGUGAAUUUUUAAAGAUUAUUGUUUGCACUGAAGACAUGAUUAGCGGCUCACUUUGGGAUGCUAUCAAUACUAAACAAUCCAAUCCAGAAGCUGUGAAGGUUGCAGAAUCGCUGCCUCGAAUUUGCUUUUUAUCUGGCCUAACAGGGGAGGAGAUGUUGAUGUUCAUUGACGCGUUUCCAGAAUUUGGCAUAGAACCUCCUGUAUUUGCAGCUCUUGUUCCCAAUAGCGCUGAUAAACCUUUGAAAGAUGUGAUGGAAGAGAUCAUGGACGAUCAUGAAAUGAUGUCUGCAAGACAAUUGGACUGAAAUGGUGAUUUACACGGAAAACAAUUCCAGAAAUGGAAGUUUUAAAUGGUUCGCUUAUUGUAUGUAUAAGUUUUAGCGGCAUGUAUAACUCCACCUGUCUUGAGUAAUAUGACUAUAUGAGCAUUAAAAACAUGCCUCCACCCCCACCCCCCUUUUUUUGCCCUUAAAAAUUGAAAAUACAAUUGCUCCCUGGGAAUUUGUUCCUUUACAAAA